UCGCAUGUGUCACCAUAAAUAACACCACAAAUGGCAUUAUAAAAUCUUCGAUAUAGCAUUAACGCCCUCUAUAAACUGUAUGACAAACUCCGAUUUAUGUGAGGAUCCGGCAACGUCGCAUGUCUAGCUACCGCACUUACAAAAAAUGGCGCUUGACACUUGACAUAUCUCAACCGUGUUCGCCUAAGGAUAGCACCUUCUAUCUUCAGUGUAAAUGUUUUAUGAUUUGA